UCUUGGGGUGUUUGUUUCGUCCAACAACUUGUCUCUGCUGCUUCCCGACAGCUGUCCAAGAAGAGAGAGCGAGCCGGACGAACAACAGUGCGGUCGUCGAAUUACAACUAUCAAUCUCCUUUUCUUCUUCUUUUUACUGCCUUUACUUUGUCAUUUUACGCUCAAAACAAACUUUCAACGGCGGCCCAGUGUUUGUCGCCGGCAACCCACAACAACAACAUCCCGCAACCGCAUAACUUAUCAUAUCGCCUAUGCCUCUGAUGCAGCCCAUUCGCUAAUCUUCUUCUCCGACAAUCCUAAUUCGGUCCCAUUCUUGCGUGUCGCGACAGAGUCGCACACCUGUGGCAGCACACAAUGGCCACGACCGCCAACCUGUCGUCGAAUGGCGACGAUCCCUUUGUCAAUCCCAAUGCCACCCAACCGAGUCCGCACCGCUAUGCUUCCUUCGAUAAUCAGGUCUUCUCCCUUUACAACUCCGGCUCCCCCGCUCAGGCGAAGCGCGCGCUCGAAGCCCAUCUCAAGGACACGGAGCGACGCAUCCAAGAUGCCUCCAAACUCGGCACCACUUUGCUCCAACAGCGCAAAGACUUGGCUGCCCGCUUGAAGGAUGUUGAGGAGGGCGCCUCCGAGGAAAUCACGCCAGAGCUGCAGAAGAAGUUGGAUCAGCUUGAGAAGGACUACACCGAGAUUGGCAAGGACUCUGCUCGUGCCUUCCUGCCCAAGUCGCGCAUAGUGUCGACAGACUUUAGCGCUGCACCGCCGAGCCCUGCCGUCUUCACCUCCGACUCGCGCACUUCUCCAGUCAAGCGCGGUCCAAUCGAAAGCUCCAGACGACAGCGCAAUCAGCCCACCAAUCGUGUCCACGACAUCGAGUUUGCUACCGAGAUCAGUACCUCUCUCCUUGCUCAGGUCAGACAGUUGCAAGCAGUCUUGGCCGAGAAAGAGAAUGCGCUCAAGGAUGCCACGACACAGAAGGAGCAGCUCGAGACAGACAUGACCAGUCUAAUGCAGCGCCUGCGUAUGCUGGAUGAAAGCGAGCAAAAGUGCAAGGAUGAGAAUUGGAACUUGGAAACGCAGAUGCAAGACCUGACGGCACAACUGAGAGAAGCCACCGACAAGGAACAGCGUCUGUCGCAACAACUCAAAUUUGCACAGGCCGAAAAGGACACUGCCGAACGCGACUUGGAGGAUCUCAAGGCCGCACACGGGAAGCUCAGCGACGACCACGAGUCUGUCAAGAAGCACCACGAGGCCGAGCUUUUUACACUACGACGCGACGUCAACAGCCACCAGACGGCUCGCGACUCCCUGCUGGAGAAGGUUGAGGAGCUGACAUCUCAGAACACUCAGCUGGCAAAGGCUGUAGCUGCACGAUGGAACGCGGAUAGUCAGCCCCAAGACGGUCAGCGCUCUCUCGGACGUGACAAGGGCGAUUUCGAUGUCGCGACUCCUGAUGUCUCUCCGCAAAACUCGCCAGUCAAGGCGACUCCCAGACACGGCAUGCUCGAAACCGAAACUCUGAAAUCCUCGCUCACCCACGCCCAUCGUAUGAUCCAGAACCUGAAGAACAACAUCCACAGGGAAAAGACGGAGAAAUUCGAGCUUAAGCGCUUGUUGCAAGAUGCCAGAGACGAGUUGGACAAUAAACGAACUGACGGUGGCGUGGGCCUGUCUGUGAACAAGAAGCGUCGUUCUGACGACAGCGGCAUCAAGUUCAACAAGGGCGCACGUGCUGAUAAACUGGGAGCCGCUAGAUCCGCUAAGCACGAGAUCAUCAUGGACGACGACGAAUGGGAAGAUCAGUCUUUGAUCGAGAGCCCCAGUCGCCCUGCUACCCGCAACAUCAGCUCGGGGGUUGUUCCCUUCGGAAACUUCAACUUUGGCAGAACCGCCGGUGCCUUUGGCAAGCCCGAGAGCGCCGACACUACUGAUGCAUUUGAGACUGCUGAUGAACGUGGAAACACCGAUGCUUUCGAAACAGCCAACGAAGACGACGACAACACUAACACGGAGACUGAAGCUGCCUUCCAGACCGGCGCUGAAACUAUCAAUGGCGAUAGUAGUGACGACUUGACCGAAACUGAAUUCAGCCCCAGCAAAGACCAAGGCUCAUCUUCGCGUCCUGUUUCCAGACCUGGUCCAUACACAACCAGUAAAGCUGAGAAUCGUCUCUCAUUUAUGUCGACCGCAUCAACUUCUGCUGAUGAAUUCGAGAACAUCAAGACGCCUGUCCAGGGUCAGCAGCCAAAGUACAAGCUACGCCUUAGUAAGGGCCGUCGCUCCACCAAUGGCUCUGCUCGCAACAGUGCUGUUUUCGCUAGCGACUCCGCCGACAGUCCCGCUAGCCAAGCCAGCCAGAGAACGCCUGUUCAAUUUGGUCAAAGUCUGAGCGCCGAAUUGGACGGACUCAGUAACGAUAGCGACAGUGGCGAAGAGACAUCGACCGAUGCUGGCAUUGAGUCUGCUCCUAUGAGUCCUGAGACCGUCAAGAAACCCGCUCUUGCUGAAGCUCCUCUCGUUACGGAAGUUUCAAGGCCCAAAAUGGUUGAUUCUGCUAUGAUGACCGAACCUUGGGAGCCGGAGUCCAAGUCUAUUGUGGGUACUGCCGCCGGCGCAGUGGGUGCAGCUAUCGCCGGUGUCGCCGGGUUUGCACUCGGUAACUCAACUUCUUGUAAUGAUGACAAGACAGAGCAUGGCGCCAGAGGAAUCGCAGAGAACAACGUGCAGAGUCCAUCUGCCGCAAGCUCAACCAUGCCCGGUCAAUUCGUUGAUAGUGAACCUUUGUUGCAGUCCGCCAUGCCAAAGCUAUUCUCAGAAGCGAUCGAGUCUAGGGCCAAUACUUUGCCCGAGGUCAAGGAGAGAUUGUUCAAGUCCGUCCCACAAGAUCUUGCUACUGUGGCUCCCGUCCAAGCAACACCGCAAGUCUUGAGCAUGACAAGCCUCUCAAGCACCCACACCGAACCCGUCGCUGCAGUUCCCGCUCGAAGAGAGGUGCCGCAAUUGGCCAUGUCGACCUUCUCAUCCUCUCAUACCGAGCCCGUCGCUGCAACAGUGCCUCUCAAGGAGGCUGAAAAGUUGUCUAUGUCCACUUUCUCAACUCAUCACACCGAGCCAGUAGCCAUGGCUCCUAUCAUCAAAGAACCAGAAAAGUUCUCAAUCUCACAAUACGCCACUACCCAUACGGAGCCUAUUAUACCUGUUGUUGAGACCAAGAAGCCUGAAGUCUUCUCCAUAUCCACUGGUCCUGUUUCACAUACAGAGCCUAUUGAGCCCGUAUCUUCGGCGAAGGCCAUGCCGUCGUUCGCCAUGUCACCUUCCAAAUCCAUGUCGUCGGAGCCCGCCUUAGCCUCCUCGCCUGAGCCUGUACAGACCCCUUCGUUGGAGUUCUCUUCUUUCAUGACCUCUCACACCGAGCCGCGUACCCCUAGCAUGCCACAGCUUGGAAGAGAACCUGAGUCAAACAAAGACAUGUUCACAUUCUCAACAGUACGCUCUCAACAAUGGGAGCCCAUUGUGGACGAGGAGUUGUACUCACCUACAAGAAGCAGCUCGAACCGUGCUGAGCUGUCAUUGAUGAACGGUGAUGUGGCUUCCUCCGAACAAGCGGAUAGCAGCAUCCCAGGUACUGACGCAGCCCGUCCUGGUGCUGCCUUCCUUGCUUCUGGUGCCCAAUUCCCGCCACGUACAAGCAGUAGAGAUGGUCCUUUAUUGCCAGAGCCUCGACUCUUUGGCGGUGCCAAGGGAGUCAAUCUUGAAGAACCGACGCUUGUCUUUGCCGAUGAAAAUCACUCAACACCUCAGAUUGAACAGGACAGUCCAUUCAGACAGCCGUUCGCAGAGGUGUCCAAUAAUGUCGGUUCUAGCCAGCGCAGCUUGUCGAACAAUGGCGAAAGACCUGCGAUCAAACGUAUUCCUACUUCCGAAAUGGGAACGCAGACAAUGGUAUCUUCUGACGAGAUUGACAAGAUGAUGCGUCGCAAGACUCCUCUGAUGAUUCCUGCUGUCAACAUUGAUGAAGGUACACCACUCAAGCCUGAGAGUCCAAGAAGAGCCUCGGAGACCCCAUAUGCGGCUGAGGCUGCCAACAUCAAAGCUCCUCGUCGUCCUGCCAGUUCGGGUAGCAUGCACAAGAACACUACAUCGCAACCGCCUCUGCCUCUGGACCACACUCAACGGAUUGCUGCAGCUGCAGGACAAAAGAACCUGCAGCCUGGCAUGGCCCCUCCACCUGUUCCUGCAGGCUCACUCAACAAGCCCCCUCCAUCACUACGCUCACGUACACCAAGCUUCAGCAGAUCUAUCCAAUCUGUACGUGGUACUGCCAAUCGCGCCCUUGCCCCGAUUCCUGCUGGUCGCCCAGACCCAAUGUCACCCACCACUCGUGCUAGUUCUAUCUCGAGCUUCGUGUCGGAGGUGGACGAACGUAUCCAGCCUGGAAGAGGCGUUCUGUACCCUGAAGACAUGCUGCCUGCCACUGAUCCCCGCAUGAUCCAAGCUAUCACCCAGACUAUGAUUGGAGAGUAUCUUUGGAAGUACACACGUAAGGCUGGUCGCUCAGAGAUCAGUGCUUCGAGGCACAGAAGGUUCUUCUGGGUUCAUCCUUACACAAGGACACUCUACUGGAGUGAGCAUGAUCCUUCAACACUGGGCAAACAGCAAUCCAAGGCAAAGAGUGUCGCUAUCGAGGCUGUCCGUGUCAUUACCGACGACAAUGCAUAUCCACCAGGUCUGCAUAGGAAGAGCUUGGUGAUAGUAACCCCAGGUCGUGAGAUUGUGUUUACAGCCCCUACGGCGCAAAGACACGACACCUGGUUCAACGCUCUCUCGUACCUUUUGCUUCGUACCGGCUCUGAGCGUGAAAACCAGGAAAUGACCCAAGACAUGGUCGAUGAGUUCAACCCAACAAUGCGAAGUCAGAGUCGUAAUACAGUUCGCACUCGUAUGAGUCUGAGUAGCUACAACAGCAGAACGACUCGCAACUCAUCGCCACACAGACCUCACGCAUCCGAAGUGCCAUCGCUUGCCAGACGUCAGCCUGCCGCUGCGUCCCAAAGAAGAGAUCUCGGUUCGUCUGACGGAUCCCAAGGGCGUAUGGGCAUCAUGGGUGGCUUGUUCAAGAGUCCAGGUGGGAGUAUGCGCGGCAGUUUCUCUAGCAAGCGAAGCAAAAGUGCAAUGAGUACUCGUAGGCCCCUUGAGCCGACAAUCUACGAUGCAAGUGUUGUUGAAGAUAGCACCGAAGAUUUGGGCAAUGUCCUCACAGGACACGAUCACGACCACGAUGGGCUAGAGAAUGUGAGAGCGUGCUGCGAUGGAAAACAUGAUGUUGGUUCACUGUCUAGAAGUGCAGGACGACACGUCAUGGGCUCAUUGCGACACACCCACACGAAUGGUGCGGCCAUGAGCAAUCAGCUGUUGACAACUGAGCCUCUGCCAGCCUCAACUCGUCAAAGAUGACCAGCUCGACAUUCAGAGGCUUAAGUUAGCCACCAUUUUCGUAUCUCUGUUGUUUUUCUGGACGUGUUGUGUUGUGACAUGUCAUUGGCUUGAUUACUUGUCCGGGACCUCUUUUUGCUACUUCCUGCCUCAUCGCAUAGCUUACUACCCUUUAUCUCCUUUGUCUGUUUCAUUGCUUUCAUUAGAUCUGGAUUG